ACUAAAAGAGCCCCAUGCGCAGGCAAAGUCUAACUUCUGGGAAAGUCGUCUUCGCUGAGCCCGAUCAGUCGUUUGGCGCCCUUGUUUCAUGCGUCUUUCGUCUGCCCUCGCCGCCCACGUCCACAAGCGCGCAUACAGCACAGCGAUGGCAGGCAGCAGCAGCAGCAGCGGCAGCAAGACGGUGGCGCCGUACGGGACAUGGAAGUCGCCCAUCUCGGCAGACUUACUCGCGCAGAAGCGCCUCACGUUUGGCGAGAUUGCCGUCGUGGCGCAGCAGCGCAGCCACGCCGACAUUGCCUACGUCGAGAAUCGGCCGUGGGAAAAGGGCCGGGCGGCGCUCAUCCACCAGCGCAUCGCGUUGGCGGCACCAUCAGACGGUGCGGCAGUCACGGUCGAAGGCGAGGGCCGGGAUGUGACGCUGGGCAAGUACAAUGCCAGGAGCGGCGUCCACGAGUACGGCGGUGGUGCGCUCGCUCCUGCCCAGCCCGGCUCGGGCAAGGUCCUCUUCAGCGACAUCACCUCGUCGAGCGUGUAUGAGGCUGCGAGCGCUGCUUCUACUUCGACUUCGGAAGAAAGCCCACGCGAGGUGACGCCGACAAGUGCCGUCAUGCGCUACGGCGACUUCUCGGCGCACCCAUCGCAGCCCUGCUUCCUGGCCGCGCGCGAGGACCACACCGUCGACGAGCCGGCCCGCGUCGUCAACACGCUCGUCUGCGUCGACGAGGCCCGCCGCACCGUGCACGAGCUCGCGUCGGGGUGCGACUUCUAUGCGGCGCCGCGCUUCUCCCACGACGGCACCCUCGUCGCCUGGGUCAGCUGGAACCACCCGAGCAUGCCGUUCUGGGCCACCCAGCUCUGGGUCGCCCGCUUUGAGCAUGACGGUGGCACACCCAAGCUCGUGGGCACGCGUCAAGUCGGUGGCCAGGCCGGCGGCGAGGUGCUGCACCACCCUGUCUGGGCUGCCGACACCAACACGCUGUACUUUGCCAGCGACAGGACCGGCUUCGCACAGCCUUAUGCUGUCGACGUCGGCCCCGAUGCCCAGCUGCUGGGGCCCGUCAGGCCGCUGCUGGCCAAGCCCGUCGAGGCCGAUUUUAUCCACCCCGCAUGGACCCUGAACAACUCCUCGUUCAGCUUCCUCUCGCCCGACUGGCUCGCGUGCAUCGUCACGACGCGCGCCAUCGACGGCCUCGCCCUCGUCCAUCUGCCCUCGGGCCAGCUUCACGCCCUCGACACGCCCUUUGUCACCGCCCGCCAGCUGCGUGCCACGUCGCCCUCCUCGUUUGUCUUUGUCGGCUCCACCUAUGCCGAGCCCGACGCUCUUGUCGCCGUCGAUGUCGCCGCCGUGCUUGCUGAUCCCGCACAGAAGCCGACGUGGACCGUCAUCAAGCGCAGCUCCACCAUCGUCCACGACGGCACCGUCGACGCUGCCUAUCUCUCGCGCGCCGACACCAUCGAGUUCCCCACCGAGCUGCCCAAUGGCAUGCCCGCCACGGCGCACGCCGUCGUGUAUGCGCCCAAGAACAAGGACUACAUUGCACCGACGGGCAGUGCGCCACCGGCCAUCAUCAUGUCCCACGGCGGGCCCACGGCACACUACGGCGCCGGACUCGCCCUCGAGCUGCAGUACUGGACCACGCGCGGCUUCCUCGUCUGCCUCGUCAACUACGGCGGCAGCACCGGCUAUGGCCGCGCAUACAUGGAGCGCCUCAUGGGCACCUGGGGCCAGGUCGAUGUCCGUGACUGCGUUGCUGCCGCGCAGUACCUGGGCAGCAGCGACCACGAGGGCAUUGUGGCCACUGCUGGUGCUCGUGCUGGUGCCGACAGACGCACGCUUGCCGCGACAAAGGCCCAGCGCCGCGUCUCGCAGCGGGGCCAGGCCGAGCUGGCUAACUUAGAAGAGAGGCAGCUCGCCUCGGGCGCCGUCGAGAUCACGCUCGCCAACACCGAUGGGGGAAACCUGUUCAGCAUCGGGCUCGUCGACGGCCUCCUGGCGGCCGUCCUUGGCGCGGCGGGCCACCUGAUCCCUGGGGCUACCGUGCAGCAGGGCCUGAUGGCUGCCGGUGCCGCCUGGCUCCUGCGCAAGCUCUUCCACGUCCAGGAGGAGACCGUCAAGGUGAUCCCGACGGUGGGAAUCGAGCUGACGACGACGAGGGGCGUGCGCCUGCCCUCGUUCCUCACGCCCAAGUCGGCCGGUGCCAACGAAAAGGGAAGCAGCAGCAGCAGCAGCAGCCGGCGUCGACCCUUCUUUGUGGCCUCUGUCGCCGGGCGCAUGAUCCCACGCGAUUGCAUCAUGGACCUCGUCACCAACGAGGCCUUUAGCCGCUGGCGCAUCGUCGACUACUGCGCCGUCGCCACGCGGCCCCCGCCGAGCGCCAAGUCGUUCAGCCGCGGCAGCAAGCUCGAGGUCCUCUUUCCCAACCUGCUCCCGCGCCUGCCCGUCGUCGAGCACGUCUACCGCGCCAUCUACCCGGCCCUCUUUGGCCACGACCAGCCCGCCGCGACGUCGUCUUCCAGCAGCGGCGGCAUCAACAAUGAGAAGAGCGGACACGUGAGUCUCGAUGUCGCUGCUGCACCAGGCUCCUCACCCCGGGCCGACGGGGCCAAGAUUGCCAUCGCGGGCGGCUCGGCCGGCGGCUACUCUGUCCUCUGCGGCCUGUGCAUGUACCCGCACGCCUUCCAAGCCGGCGUCUCGCGCUACGGCGUCGGCGAUCUCGUCGGCCUCGAGGCCCUCUCGCACAAGUUUGAGUCCCGCUACCUGCACCAGCUCCUCGGGGGAAGCCCCACCGAGAUCCCGCAGGUCUACCACGACCGCAGUCCAAUCCACGCCGCCGACCGCAUCCGCGCGCCGGUGCUCUUCCUGCAGGGCGACAUUGACAAGGUCGUGCCGCCGUCGCAGAGCGAGCAGAUGUACGACGAGAUCCGAAAGCGAGGCGGCAAGACAAAGUAUGUGCUGUACAAGGGUGAAGGGCAUGGGUUUCGCGAUGCAAAGCACAUCACCGACGCGCUCGCGCAGGAGGAGGCUUGGUACCGCGACGUGUUCAAGCUGGACGAGUAGUGUUUCCUCUCCCUCUCUCUCCCUCUCCCUCGCCUACUCCUCUCGACUUCUCUGCAAAGAAGCGAUUCUCACUUCAGGUCCAUCUGUGCUCGCUCACUCAAAUCCCUCUGUGCAUGCUCUCAAACGUAUCUUGCUUGCUCACUCAAGCUUCUCUGUGCAUGCCCUCGUUCAGAUGUUCAGACAUGGAAUUGAUGGUACAGUACAUGUGUGCGUGGACUGGCUUUAGAUCCGC